AUGGCCGAAGCCCUUGUGGCCAACCAGGAGUUCCUGGCGGCUCGCCUCCUGCAGGUGCAGCAGCCUCGACCGAAGACGGACGGCCUCGGUCUGAUGCACUCGCCGUCGGCAGACGGUGACAAUUCGUCGUCUCCUUCCCGGCUCAAACGGUCUGCUGAGAAUGGCGUCGUCCAUACUGAACCGAUGGAAGCGGACUCGGAUCCGGGGGAGCCGAAUGAGGCAGAAGAGUCACUGCACCGCCGGUUCGUCCCGCAUUUCGCCCCAGCAGAAGCGGUCACGAAGGAUGGAGUAGCUCAGGCGGCGACGCCAGGGCCAAACGUCGAGGGCCGUCAAGAGGACGGGGUGAACGGCGCGUACUGC